AUGUUGCCGAGGGCUACAGGAGAUGCUGAGGUUGGAAGAGUGCUGAGGUACGAGCGGAGAGCUGGAGAGGGAAAGGAAGAGAUGAGGCACGCCCUCGUCGCUGCCGGUGUGGGCCGGGGCGGCGAGGCGGGGAAACCAGCCGCUGCAGGAUCGGAGCAAGGCGGACAUCGACUCCAGCAACCACAAAGGUCUAUGCAGCCACAUCAGCAGCAACCAUCGCACUUCUGCCAGCUCCACGGCCCCAACAGCACCCACGAGACCUCCGAAUGUCACAAGUUACGCAACGAAUUCCUCGCCCACUACAACGAGUUCUGCGCGUACAUGAGCGGGAGGCGGGAGGCCCAGGCAUCGGUCUUCCCUCGAGGCGGAGCCCAAGACUCGGGGCGGAUGGUUGGUGGCCCAUAUCGACAGCAGCCGUACCAAAACGAGCAAGGUGCGGGCUGGAGUCGGGGCCACUCUCCGCCGCGUGGGCAAGGAUCCGGAAUGGAGGACAGCUGCAGGGGCGCAACUCUGGGGGGCGUGGGUAUGGUGGAUACGGUCUUUCCCCCCCGGAGAGCCGAGGUCGUCAGGUGGGCGGCCGUGGUGGUAAUUAUCCGCCGCCCAACGGUCCUCCCGCGCAGAUUGCUAACGUACCGCGGCCCUAUUUUCCGGCUCAUUUCGCCAUCGGAGGUGGAGAACCAUCAGGCGGCGACAUCACCUCGGGAUGGGAGGCCACGUCAGCGCCCGAAUCUACACCCGGCUGGACCCCACCACCUCCUGAGGCAGGCUACGAGUACGGGCUCGCGGCUCACGGAGUGGACCAUGGCGAAGGUCCCUACGGCAGCGCCGCCGGCGGGGGAUACGGUUUCCACCAAUUGCCCGACGGCGGAGGGCUCUACCAGCAGCAAGAAGCGACGCUCUACCUCCAGCGGGCGAUUCCCCCUGCAUCUCUUCGUGGCACGUGGCGUGUGCCCUCGAGGCAAGUCUGAGAUUGGUUUUGAGAAGGAUGUUGUUUUUUCGAAGUCUGACGUGUUUACGAGUGCGGAGUCUCAUGUGUCAAUGCCUGGUGUUCCCCGCGUGCCUGCUGUGCAUGAACGUUCUGAUGAUGAGUUCGGUGUCUUGAAGUUUGGUGUGUCUACUCAUGAUGUACCCCGCGUGCCCGCUGCACUUGAGAGUCCUGAUGAAGUGGUCGGCGUUCCGGAGUGUGAUGCAUCUGUCCCUGCUCCACCAAGUGUGCCUGGAAAGGUUGUCGUAGCCCGUCUCACCCGCCGUCCCACGGUUGAGAAAGCUUUCUUGUGCCAACCCUCCAUGCCGAAUCCGAUUUGUAGCGAACAAUGGCAGGCCGAUUCUGGAGCUAGUGCGAUGAUUACUAACAAAGUGGAUGCAAUGUACAAUGUACGCCACUUGGGCCCGGAUGAACGAUUUAUUCAGAUUGGAGACUCGGCUCUCAUCAAGGUUGCCGCUGUAGGGAGUUUGGACCUUAGGUUCCACCAAAUCGGAGCCGACGGGAAACAGGAGGAUUUGGACGUCACUGUGCCAGAAGUUUUGUUUGUACCCGGGUGUGGUUUCAACCUUUUCUCGGUAUGGAAGGUGUCUCACAAGCAUGAGGUUAUGGAUAGUAACACGUUCCACAACCGUGCCGGCCACUUGUCCGAACCCAUUUUGAGACUGUCCGCGAAGCAGCACGGGAUUACCCUCACGGGCACGAUGGACAGCUGUCGAUGGUGCUUGCCGGCGCGAGGGACGAGGGCGCCAGUGCCGAAGCAGGGGGGCGGGUACUGCGGCAAGAGGGCGCCGAACGACGUGUUCCACAUCGACCUCUGCGGCGCGUACACGGCGACGAUCGGUGGUAACCACUACAUGCUCUUCGGUGUGGACGCCGCCACGGGAUGGAUGGUCUGCUACGCCAUGCGGCGUAAGUCGGAGGCGCUGGCGGUCGUCAAGCGCAUGGUCGUGGAUGCCGCCCACAAGGCUGGUACCGCGAUCAAGUGUAUCCGCUGCGACUGCGAUACCCUCUGGAUCNGA